AUGACUGAAGUAAUCCAACAAAAUGCAUAUAUUUCAUGGGAUGGAAGCGUGGAACGUCGAGUGUGUCCAUUGGCUACUUUUGGGUCUCGAGAGCCACAGAAGCUACACGUUCGUUUGGCUUGUGCUGAUCCACCACGUGCUGACCAGCUAGAACUCAAAAACGCAGAAGAAUUACAAGGAGCCAUUGUAUUGGUGGUACGAGGAGGCUGCAGCUUUGUGCACAAGGCUAGACUUUUACAAAGAGCAGGUGUAGUAGCCAUGUUGCUGGCCAACAACACAAGAGAGGAACCUCUCGCAGCUUUCACGAUGGGAGAAUCACCUGAUGAUAUAACUGAUAGCAAAAAGAUUGAAAAAGAAGAAAUUACGAUCCCUUGUAUGAUGAUGUGCUUGCGUGAUGUUCGAGAGCUAUUUCAGAAAUUUCCACCAUCCGUGAAGCAUGGAGAGAUUCUUUUAGAAAUUCCACAUAGAAAUGAAAAAGUUGAUGCUGUAGAGACUUACAUUCAGAUACCAAGAGAACUAUACGAUUCACCAGAGGAUGGAAUGAGAUGGAAAUCAAUUAAACAGACCACAUCAUCGCUAUUAAAGAUGCUGGAGCCGCACCACAUGGCAAACUCCAGCGUCAAAGAGGCUUCAAGUCGUGAAAUUGGUGGUAAAACUAAGGUGCCAGAAUCAAUCGAAGUUGGAACGAUCAAAGCAACUACUCGAGAAAAGCAGCCACCGCUGCUUGCAUUUGUCCAGUGGGCAACAAGUGCGCUCGAGUACGAGAUUUGCUUUGCUCCUCUAGCAGAUUUUUGCUCCACAAGUGCUGGUGCAUCAUACUCAGGCAGAUUAGUGGCAUCUGAUCCGCUCGUCGCCGAUCGACCUCUGAAGAAUGCAGAGCAGUUAAGUGGAGCUAUAGCUAUAGUACGACGUGGGGGAUGCUCGUUUCCUGAGAAAAUUGCACGAGUGCAGCAUGCUGGAGCUGUUGCUGCAAUUGUCUGUAAUGAUGAUGAAGAAGACUUGGAUGCUGCCUUUGUCAUGAGUGUUGACCAUAUUGAUGCCGCCGACGCCACACUUCCAGCUGUGAUGAUUCCGCACAAAACAUUCUUACGGCUUCAAGCCGUCUUGAAUGUCACGACCGCAAGGAUUUUAUGUAUGGCUGGUCAAGCGGCCGAUGGACUUUUAGAGCUAAAUGGAACAUCGGUCUCGUUUCGUUCCUUGCCUAUGCCAGUUCCACAAGAAUAUUUUUAUAGGAACAAAGAAGAUAGCGCUGUUGCUGACAAGACUACUUCUCAUUUUGACUUUGUCUUUCAUCUACAUCAGGCUUGUCGUGAUGGAGACCAUGCUGCCUGUCAGCGAGUGUUGGCUAACUUUGAGGGAAAGAAGGAAAAACACCAAGUAAUCAACUCGUCGUGCCCAUCCACUGGUUUGACAGCACUACACCAUGCAUGUGCAGGUGGAAAUGAUAAUGUGGUGGAGUUGUUGCUUUCCCUUGGUGCGAUUCCCAAUGUUCUUGAUCUGGCCAUGCGGACGCCAUUGCAUGUUGCAUGCGCCGAGAAUAACGUAAAAUGCGCACGUUUGCUACUUCGGGCAGAAGCAUCAUCUCAGCAAGUAACUUCAGCACUUUAUAAUUUAGACGAUAAGCACGACAGCUUACCAGCACGACGGACUAUUGGUGGACGUACUGCUCUGCAUGAUGCUGCUCGUGCUGGUUCAUCGGAGUGCGUGGAACUAUUACUUAGUGCCAAUGCGCGAGUCGAACAAACAUCUGAUGAAGAGAGCAACACCUUCGUUUUCCUUGGCGUGAGUGCGAAAGACUUAGAAGGGAAUACACCACUCCAUUUGGCGUGUGCAAAUGCUCAUGCUGAAUGUGCUUUUUAUCUCGUGGCAGCCGGAGCCGAUGUCAAUUGUAAGGACUUAACUGGACGGUCACCUCUUUUGCUAGCUUGUGAGGAAGCUAACGAUCCCGAUAAAGAAGUUGUGUCUGGCCACAUUAUCAAAAAGUUAAUCAAAGCUGGAGCAAGAAUCGAAGAUUGCGACGAUAGGAGUCAUACGAGAAAGGAUGGAGGCGACUACAAAUUACUUCUAGAUCGAAUCGAGUCUUCAGAUCUUCGACGUGACUUAGAGAUGUUGUAUCUGCGUUAUGAAGUCCGAUUUGCAAAACAGAAAAAUUCAGAGCUCGAAAAGCAGAACGAAUGCUUGACGAAGAGCAUCGAUGAAAUAAAAAAUGAGCUUAGUAACCUUCACGAAACAUUUCGAGAGCAAGAAGAUAAAUUCCAGCAGCUUCAAUCGCAGAUACAGAUGAAUCUGCAAUUUCGGGCUGAUUGCGACCAUUUGAAUAUCUCAAGUAUCGACAAAUCACUAUUGAACCCACUCCUCACUAAAAGUUCAAAAGAACCGGCUGUGAAAAGUGAUGAAGAGUUGGCACUCGAUGCAGCCCUCGUCCGAGAUUUGGGUAAAAAGUGUCUUCGUCAGAAUCAAAAUGUGCUGGCUGUAAAGUAUUUUGAACAAUCACUAGAGCUAAUGCCCCUUCCAGGUGUACACCGACUCUUAACUACUGCUCAAAACACUCAUAAUGUCGAAUCAAACGAUCCACUGGAGAAAAAAGCUUUUGCCGAUACUGCGACGUGCAUGAAAAGCAUGUCAUUGACACCUGCGAUGGCACCAACGUCGCCAACUGCGAAAAAUGCCAAAAUUCAGAAAUUAUUAGAUAUUGUUCGCAACACGAACUUAACGCCUGAAGCACAUGCAAUGCUAAAUAAUGAGCUGAAUUGGCUCAAUACGCUAUCCGAUGAUGCGGAGUUUGCGCAUGCUUGUCGCUGGACGGAUUGGCUAGUAACACUUCCGUGGGAAGAUACCAACAUUGGCUUGCAAAACAAUAUUCGGCAUACUGUAAAGCAAGUCAAAAUUCAGCAAUCAGAUGAUAUUGAUGUCGGACGUCAUGAAAUUGAAGCUGUGCGUAUCAUACAGCGUUCAUACCGUAACUUUCAUGCAGCUCACUCUCGAGCUCGAGAAUUAGCAGCAAGAAAGAUACAAGCUUGCGUUAGGAGGAACCUUGAUAAAGAUGAACAGCAUUUGAAAGCUCCUUUUGAGCAGAAUUAUUUCAACGGAGCUUCGAUUUCGAAAUUGGAUUACAUAAAAGUCAUUGACCCCUUAUUAAUAAAAAAGUUACCGCGUGAAUACGACGUCGAGGAGCUUGUCAUCGGCAAAAUUUCGUCAAAUUGCAAAAACGACACCGCCGGAAGUGCUGACGGAGACAAUCGUAUCGUUCAGUUGGUCAAAUGUGUAGAAGCACAUGCAACGGCAAUGUAUAGAACAAAAAACGAAAACAAGCAAGCUUUUUAUUUUGUAUGGACCCGCUGGGGAGAAAAUUUGGACAAAACGUGUGCAGGCAUUUUGAGUGGACCUUACGAGAAUCAACAAGACGCUAAACGUCGCUUUCAUCGGAUCGUUUGCGAGGCGAAAACAAUCACUCAAUCGGCGUAA